AUCAGGCUAGCGACAUCUUGCGGAAGUAUAUAAUUUUUUGAAAUCCCAUAAUUCCCAAGAAAAAUGUCAGCUUCCAUGCGGCUGAUAGAAAUAGAUGGCUAGUGUCCCUACCUAUUUAAAGGGAAGAGGAAGAGGGAGGGGAGGUAACCUCCCUGCACAUAGUCCAGGUGAAAACAAAGAUGUGCAGAACAGUUUUGGACAGGCUAAAGGAUAUAACCAAGUGUCUGAUUCCAGGGGUGUAGGCAGAUAUGAAAGGCCUGUUCAGGGUUGGGGAAGAGGCUGGGGUGCUGUGAAGAAAUCUCACAAUGAGGACAUACAGCAGAAAGUCCAGCCUUCUGCGGAAGAACGGUUCCAGUGUGCCAGUCAGCAGAACCAGGAAUCAAUCAAACGCCAUCUACAGGAUGAUGAUGACAAGGAAGACAACUCUUCUGAUGAAGAUGAUAUUGCCAGCAAUGUCCUUGAGAAAGUUUUUCAGACCUACUCAUCUACUGAUUCCACUGAUGUGGAUCAAGCACAGGAUACAUUGUUACACUCUUUUCGUUCAGGAACCUCAGCAUGUCUUGUCUGUAUAGAAACAAUCAAGAAAACAGAUCCAAUUUGGAGUUGUGAAGGAUGUUAUGCAAUAUUUCACAUCCAGUGUAUACAAAAGUGGGUUAAGGAUGGUGUAUACCAACAGAUCUACAAGUCGGAUGAUGACAACAUUAGACCAGAAGAUAUACCUUGGCACUGUCCAAAAUGUCGUUUAGAGUACAGUCAGAAACUGCGUCCAACACGCUACCUCUGUUACUGUGGUAAAGUUGAGGAACCUCAGUUUGAUCCUUGGCUGGUACCUCAUUCAUGUGGUCAGACAUGUGGGAGGAAACUGAAACCAGACUGUGGACAUUCAUGCCUACUUCUCUGUCAUCCAGGUGCCUGUCCACCAUGUCCUAAGACAUUGAAGGUGAAAUGCUACUGUGGCAAUGCUACCCCACAGGUGCGGAGGUGUAGUGCACGGACCUGGACCUGUGGAGGUGUUUGUGGUAAACAGCUGUCAUGUAAACAGCAUUCAUGUCAACAAGCUUGCCAUCCAGGAGAGUGUGCACCAUGUCCUAAAACUAGCAAACAGCCUUGUGAAUGUGGUAAAACUACAGCAAUUAGACCAUGUGCAAGUCCCCAGUGGCAGUGUGAUAAGCCAUGUAACAAGAGAUUAUCAUGUGGUAACCAUCUUUGUGAGAUUAUCUGUCACCGUGGUAACUGUGGGGAAUGCCCAAGAGGUGGCGAGAGAAAAUGUCCAUGUGGUAAAACAACAUAUGAUUUGCCAUGUACUGAAGACAUUCCAACAUGUGGUGACACCUGCGGUAAACUACUGGAGUGUGAACUACAUGAAUGUGUUCAGAGAUGUCACUUUGGGCCAUGUGGCAGUUGCCGUCAGAUGCGGGUGAAGAAAUGUCGUUGUGAGUUACAGAAGGAGAAAGAAGUUCCGUGUUACAAGGACUACUUGUGUGAAACCAAGUGUAGCAAGAUGAGAGACUGUGGCAAACAUCAGUGUAAGCGGAAGUGCUGUGAUGGUCAGUGUCCACCGUGUGAACAGAUGUGCAAUAAACAACUAGGCUGUAAAAACCAUAAAUGUAAUAGCAUGUGCCAUAGAGGAAGGUGUUACCCAUGUACAGAAACAGUAGAUAUAUUCUGUCACUGUAAAGCAACUAAAAUAACAGUGCCUUGUGGGAGAGAGAAAGUGACAAAACCUCCAAGAUGUAACUAUCCAUGCAGACGCCCACCUGAUUGCCAUCAUCCAUCAAGGAUUCCACAUAGAUGUCACUUUGGGGAGUGCCCACCCUGUCGACAACAGUGUCUGAAACCACUUGAAAGAUGUUCACAUUUCUGUCCUGUUAUGUGUCAUACAGCUGUCAAAGUCAGGUUCAAGGAUAAUACACCUAGAGCAGGUCCGUGGGAAGGCGGCCCAAGAAUUAUUGAAAAUGUAAUCAGCAAACCAUGCCCACCCUGUAUGGUACCCAUGCCUAUGCAAUGUUAUGGUAAACAUGAGAUAGGCCAGUUUGCUUGUUCAGUUGUUCAGCCAUACCAGUGUGGAAGGCAGUGUGGCCGCCAACUUGCCUGUGGUAAUCAUACAUGUACACUGAUGUGUCAUACAGUGGAGGGUGCUGAAGGCAAUCUAAAGGCAGGUAAAAACUGUGAGGAGUGUGAGCUGCCAUGCCAGUUUGAUCGUCCUGAAGGUUGUUCACAUGAGUGUACCCUGCCCUGCCACUCAGGACCAUGUCCUCCUUGUCAACAGAUGUUCCGUAUGAGAUGUCACUGUCAGGCCACCGUACAAUAUGUAGAGUGUAACAAGUGGGUGAACAGUGAUGAACAGCAGAAAAAUGUGCUGAAAUCUUGCAACGGACCUUGUCCUAAAUUGUUAAGUUGUGGUCACCCAUGUGGAUUGACAUGUCACCAUGGUAAAUGUUUGAAGCCAGAAAUGUGUGAGGCAAAGGUAAAGAUCAAAUGUCAAUGUCGCCGACAGAAGAGAGAUGUGAAGUGUCGGGAUAGAGAGACAGAACAGGCCAAGCUACUGUGUGAUGAUAUAUGUAAAUCUGCAUCAGAGAAAAAGAAAAAGAAAGAGGAAGAAAUGGAAAGGGAGAAGAAAUUGGAAGAAGAACAAAAACAGAAAGCAGAGCUUGAAAAGUUUGAGAGAAAGAUGAAAGGAAGGUCACGUAAACAGAGGAAGCAGCAUGAAGUUGUUCAGGAGGAGACGUUCUUACAGAAAUAUAAAAGCUGGCUGAUAUUGUCAGUCAGUAUAGCUGUGUUGGCAGUGUUUGUUUACUAUGUUAUGACUGUUGUAUGAUGUUGGUUGGAGUAAUUAAAUUGGGAAGUCACACAAUGAAGUAAUUGAUAUGCAAAACAAAGUCCUUUAAUCAUCAAAUUUUGCAAAACCUCUUAACUAAAAAUAAUUGAAUUAUUUGCAGAUGAGCAUAAAUGAUACAUAAAUCUGUCUUAGAAAUGUUUGUCAGAUAAAAAUAGUAUUUACAAGGCAAUGGUAUAUUCACAGAUGGUUUGUGACGUUCUCACUAGAUAAUGUAAACUCAGUUUCGUACAAGGUGCAUUUUAAGACAAAAAAUGUCACAAGGUGACAUACAUGUACUUUAUAAGAAACUGAUUUACUUCUGAAAAAGAAUGAAAGCAUAGUUACUAUUGAGAGAUACUGGAGUAUGUGUGAACAUUGUUCUUGAAAAAUUGCUUUAAUUUUUUGGAGAUCUCCAGAAAAUGAAAAACCAAAGGCAAAAAUGCAUGCUUCGUUUUAUUAUUAUCACACAGUUCAGAUAUGAUUGAUGACAUUUUUGUGAACAAGCUUCAUUUGAAUGUAUUGGUUGGGAUUAUUUGAUCAUACUCAAAAACAGUUCUCAUUUGUUUGAACCUUUGUUAUAGCUUUUAUUGUUUGUUAAUUAUUUUAGUGUCUGUUUUACUGGUCAUGUAAAUCAUCCAUGUACUAGUUUUGAUUUCAUAGUGUAAAACUUCUAUAGUCAGUUUUUAAGACUUGAUGGGCAUUUCCUCUAAGUCAUCUUGAUAAACUAAUGGUUUGCCUAUAAAGAAUGCUGGUAUAUACUGUGAAAUAAUCUAAUUUCGUGGGCACAAACCUUUUGUGUCUUUUGACAAUUUCCUGAAUAUGAUUUUUUGGAUUUCAACUUUGAAACAUAAAGUGAUUGAGAAUUUUACUGGUUUGUUUGGUUUUAAUUUUGUGAAUUGACUCAAUCACGAAAUCCUCUAAAAUUAAUUAUGUGAUUUAAGGUACCUUCCUUUCUUACAAUAUGAAAUAUUUGUGCUAUAUUCUAACAGUUGGAAAACAGAGGUACUUUGCAGUCUCAUCACAUUCCUAUUUCAUACUGUAUGUAUGUUGUAAUAUUACUUGUGGUUGAUUUUUUGUAAAUUUUGGGUUAAGUCAUUUCUUUAUUAUUAUGAUCUUGUUGCAAAUUAUUAAAAUUAGGGUUAAAUAAAUUUUAAGAGAUCUUGAUCUUUUAAGUUGUACUGGUAAAUUCACAGUAAUUCAUGGGAAAAGAUGCCGAGUUGGUAAAUGAACUGUGGUUAAAAGUUUUCAGGUAAAAUAUACAGUAUAACUUGCCUUAAGAGACCCCCUAAGGGAAAGACAAAAUCUGGUCACAGUUGGUCUCUCAAUAAUGUUUUCUUAAACAGAAUAAAAAUAAACUGAUAAAAUGGUGUUUUAAAAGUGAUUCUUAAAGAGACAUGACUGCUGAAACAACUGGCUGGUAAAUAAACUGUAGAUAGUAAAUAGACUUUGGUUGAAUAUAAAACUGGUAAAUAAAUAGACUUUGGUUGAUAAUAUAACUGGGGUUGGUAAAAAGACUUUGGUUGAUAACAAAAACUGGGGUUGGUAAAUAGACUUUAGUUAAUAGAACUGUGGUUAGU